AAGAAAUCACGCAUCUCUUUUGAUUUAAUUUGAUUAAUAUUAUCUUACUAAGUUUCGUUUUGAAACGAAAGCGCACUUCAUGAUGGAGGAAAUCUCAGCUGUGAAGAUGCCUAACUUCAUUCCGUCCGACCCUUCCCUCUGGUUUACGAUGGUAGAGUCAACAUUUGAAUUGGCUAUUCCAAAGCCAAUUACAGCUUCUCGCACUAAAUUCAACUACUGCGUGAGCACUUUGCCACCUGAAAUCGCGAUAACUGUGCGCGAUAUCAUUCUUUCGCCAGAUGCAACUGACCCUUACAGCCAACUUAAAUCUGAGAUAAUUUCCCGAUGCGGAGAAUCAAAAUCUCAGGAAAUUCGUAAGUUAUUGGCUGGAGAGCAGUUGCAUGAUAGAAAGCCGUCCGAGCUGUUAAGAAUUAUGCAAAGACGUGCCGAAAGUCACAAUAUUGCCGAUUCUCUUUUACUGGAAUUAUUUCUUCAGCAACUACCAUCUAAUGUGCAAUCGAUUCUUGCCUCAAUACAACCUUUGACACCUCAAAACGCCUCUGAAAUAGCCGACAAAAUACUGGAUAUAACACCAAACCAGGUAAGUGCUGUUUCAAAUGCAACUGCUACAGCUGAUUCUGAACUGUUAUCAGAAAUUAAAAUGUUGCGUAAAGAAAUUGCACAGAUGCGUCGCCAUUCCAGAAGUCAUUCACGGAAUCGCCAACCUCGUUUUCGACGGAAAAGCCCUGCCAGUAAUGAUGAUAUCUGUUGGUAUCAUCGGAAGUACGACUCCAAAGCGCAUAAAUGCAUUCCGCCUUGCAGUUAUCAGCCAAACCACAACGGCAAGGAGUAG